AUGGGCUCUUCCUUCAGUUCUGCGACCAAGCCGAAGAUUUUUUACCCGCCAUCUCCUGAGGAAAUACUCGUGAAGAAACCUGGAGGAGGAGUGGGACCCGAGUCGUUGUCAAAGUUGGUUGAAGAACACUGUCCAAGUCUGAAGAAAGAGUUCAAUCCCCCAUGGUGGUUAAACAAUGGUCAUCUGCAGACGUUGUUCAGCGUAGCUGGCGAUUUCACGGGCGUAGAUAAAGUUGUUUAUGAAAGAACCUAUCUUCGCUUAAUGGAUGGUGGUACAUUAGGCCUCGACUUCACACCUCCUGGUGACACAUCCCCGGAUGACGCUCCCAUCGUCGUCGUCUGUCACGGCUUGACUGGAGGCUCGUAUGAGGCAUACGUAAGAGCCGUUUUGGCGCCAGCUUGUGCGCCAGUAUCUGAAGGAGGACUUGGUUAUCGAGCAGUGGUGGUUAACUUCCGGGGAUGUGCCGGCGUUCCGGUAACUUCCAAACAACUCUAUUCUGCAGGAUGGACAGAAGAUUUACGAAUGGCAACUAUAUAUCUUGCGCACAAGUAUCCAAAAGCACCACAGUUGGGUCUUGGUUUUUCUCUUGGAGCGAAUGUCAUGGUUAGAUACCUUGCAGAGGAGGGAGAACGAAGUCGACUUGAAUCUGCUUGUGUACUCGGAAACCCUUGGGAUCUGGUGAAGAACAACUGGGCGCUGGAGCACACCUUUUUAGGAAAGCAUAUUUAUUCCAAGGGCAUGGCGAACAACCUUGUGAACGUUCUAAAGCUACAUUCCAAAGCUUUAGAAAAAGUCGAUCCUCCUACACCAUCCGCUACCUCCAAGUAUGAGCCAGAUUCUACGCAAGCUUCCCUUGUCUGCGCUGCGUAUCAUGCGGCAUUGGCUCUACGCAGUCCCCCUUUAAGUGUUUUCGACAACACUUUCACUCGCGUCGGUGGAGGAGGACCACCAGACUGGCCUUUAGCUUCUGCCGAUGCAUAUUACAAACACUCUUCCAGUCACCACGUUGUACCCCAAGUCAGAAAACCCCUCUUAGCAAUCAACUCUACUGACGAUCCGGUCGUUGUACACGCACCGACAAGUCCAGAGGAAGUCGGUUCGGGCUACACCGUUGUCGUGUUGACGGAAGGCGGAGGACAUUUGGGAUGGUUUGAACCUUCAUCUGGGAUAGUGCUCAUUGGAACUGACGUUUCGAAACUACACGUACGGAGAUGGAUGACCAAACCCACUCUGGAAUGGCUUCGCCUUGCUGCUGAAGUAUUAGUGCACGGACAUCCGGAUCAUCCUCCGAGAGCCAUAUUCGUAGAUGAAGGUGGGUGGAUUCGUGAGGUCAAUGGGGCGAGGCAGGGUCUAGGAUGCCGGGCGGUCGAAAUUGGGGACUUGAUAGAUGGAACUGAGCUCAAAAAGGAGCCAGGGAUGCUUCAAGGCUUAUAA